UCAACUAGGAUUGGGUUGCAAUUUAAAAUGGUGCCAAAGUGCAUGCAUUGCACAGUGUAGACCCACCCCUAAGAGCUGGGGAGCUGUGGCGUGUUUGCAAAGCAAGCAAAGCAAUGCUUUUGCCCCGCUUCCUUCCUUCCUUCCUUCCUUUUGCAAGGGAAAUGACAUCCCGAGCUGGGCAGUGCUCACAGGCAAAGCCUCCUCCUCCUCCUCCUUCUCCUGCUUCUCCUUUUGCAAAACUUCAGCCGCGAUGGAGGAGACCCCAGGAGACGCCAACGGGGCAAACCCCUUGGGCGGCAACAACGUCCUCCAUCAACAAGGCUGGCUCACGGACCUCGAUUCCCGACUCCGAAGCCAGGAAGAAGAACUGAUGCUGGUUAAAUCGGCCUUGGCGGACGCAUUGAGAAGGCUCAGCCUGUACGACCAGCAGAUCCCUUUGCUCAGGCAGCAGUUGCUUGAAGCAAAUUCCAGUGCGCUCGACGCCGACGACCCCGCGUUCCUCCCGCAAGGCAAGCCGCCCGUCAUCUCCAGUUCAUCAACCGUAGAGCAACAACCGGGAAGCAAUAAGGAGUCGGCGCCCCGAAGUAAUAGGACGCAAUUGUCGAAACAUAUCAGCAUCGGGACACAGACAGAGGAGUCCGCUGUGCUGACGGCGAAAUACGGCCACUGCGUCAACAACGGAGACCUUAAAUCAAUUGCGGAGAUUUCGUUUGUCGGAGAAAAAGCCGUCCAAGAUCUCUUCUCUCUCGAGCUGAGGAAGAACUCCGGAGACGGCGACGACGACGACCAGGACUUGGAGAUGCUAGACAUCCCGGGACCCCACGAAGGCCACGAUGUUGGCGAGCCUCCCCCCAGAGACAAAGCCCCGAACGCGGCCGAGGCCCCGUCUCCGGAGCCGUUCUCUGAAGGAGGGAGCAGCGGCGGCAGCACCCCGGCUUCCCCGGUGCCGGCGGCCGUUCAGCACUUGGCGUCCGACAAGAAAGAGCUAUUUCGGAGAAACAGCUCUUCUGACAAACCCAGCCGAACAAAGCAUCACCUGCCCAAGAAGGCGGCCUCCUCGGCUAAUCUUUUGAACCGCUUGGGAAGCCUUGAAAACCGAAAUAAGGAUCCCUCCCUGAGCCCAGGACUGUGGAGCACGCGACGUGGGAAUUAUAAUCUAGAAGGGCUUUCGACCAAGAUGUUUCUUCGGGGCCGUCCCAUCACCAUGUACAUCCCUUCGGACUUCCCCAACUAUGAGGAGCUGCGCAUGGAGCUGCCGGCGGAGAAGUUGCAGUUGGACUGGGUCUAUGGCUACCGCGGACGCGACUGCCGCUCCAAUCUCUACGUCUUGACCUCCGGGGAGCUGGUCUAUUUCAUCGCCUGUGUGGUUGUGUUGUAUCACCUGCGGCAUCGCACACAGCGCCACUACCUGGAGCACACCGACUGCGUUCGAUGCCUCGCUGUACAUCCGGAUCGCGUCCGUGUUGCCACGGGGCAAAUGGCUGGCGUGGACAAGGAUGGGAAGCCCCUGCAACCCUUUGUCCACAUCUGGGACUCCUCCACCCUCAGCACCCUGCAGACCAUCGGCCUGGGGAACUUCGAGAGAGGUGUGGGUUCCCUCGCCUUCUCCGCCGUGGACAACGGCGCAUACCUUUGUGUGGUGGACGAGUCCAACGAGCACAUGCUGUCUGUUUGGGAUUGCGCCCGGGGUCUUAAACAGGCUGAGAUCAAGAGCACCAACGAGUCCGUCCUGACCGUGGAGUUCAACCCCCAAGACAGCAGCAAUAUUAUCACCACGGGGAAAUCCCACGUCUACUUCUGGACCUGGAUCGGGAGCAGCCUGACCAAGAAGCAGGGCAUCUUUGGGAAAUACAAGAAACCCAAGUUCAUCCAGUGCUUUGUAUUCGACACCAACAACGAUGUCCUCACCGGAGACUCGGAAGGCAACAUCCUCACUUGGGCCCGGGCGAAGGCGGAUCUCAGUACGGCACCGGGAAAAGGAGCCAAAGGGACAUACCAGAUCACCAAGCAGACACGGGCCCAUGAAGGCAGCAUCUUCUCCCUUUGUUUGUGCCGUGACGGCUCGGUGCUCAGCGGAGGCGGCAAAGACCGGCGCCUGGUCCGGUGGAGCCCCGGACUCAGCCUCCUGCAGGAAGUGGAAAUCCCGGAGCAAUUUGGGGCCGUGCGCACCAUCGCCGAAGGGGACAACGGGGAGCUGCUGGUGGGGACCACACGCAACGCCUUGCUCCUGGGGAGCCUGGAGGACGGCUUCGGGCCCAUCAUCCAGGGCCACACGGACGAGCUCUGGGGUCUGGGCACCCACCCCUCGCGGGACCUUAUUGUCACCUGCGGCUAUGACCGGCAGCUCUGCAUGUGGGACGGCGGGGAGCACGCGCUGGCAUGGAGCGUCAUGCUCGAGGAAACAGGCCUUUGUGCCGACUUCCAUCCGAGCGGGAAAGUGGUGACGGUGGGGCUCAGCACGGGACGUUGGGUUGUAGUAGACACCGAGACCCGGCAAGUGCUGUCAGGCUACACCGACGGGAACGAGCAACUCUCGGUGGUGCGCUAUUCACCAGAUGGGGAUUUCUUGGCUAUCGGCUCUCACGACAACUUCAUCUACAUAUACAACGUGGAGGAGAGUGGGCACAAAUACAGCCGCUUUGGCCGCUGCACCGGACACUCCAGUUUCAUCACACAUCUGGACUGGUCCAAGGAUGGGAAAUUCAUCAUGUCGAAUUCAGGGGACUACGAAAUCCUUUACUGGGACGUGGCCAAAGGCUGCAAGCUGCUCAGGAACCGGUUUGAGAACCGAGACCGGGAGUGGAGCUCAUACACCUGUGUGCUGGGCUUCCACGUCUUUGGGGUGUGGCCCGACGGCUCCGACGGCACCGACAUCAACUCUCUCUGCCGGUCCCACAACGAGCGGGUCGUGGCCGUGGCCGAUGAUUUCUGCAAAGUGCACCUUUUCCAGUACCCGUGUGCCAAACCCAAGGCUCCGAGCCACGUCUACCGGGGCCACGGGAGCCACGUCACCAACGUGCGCUUCACCCACGACGACAGCUUCCUCAUCUCCAUGGGGGGCAAGGACACCAGCAUCUUCCAGUGGCGCGUCCUCCCAGGAUGGGACGGAGGGCUGAACACCUGAAGCUGGAAGAAAAACAAUGCAAAACCAUGCAGUAUUUUGGCUCAGCUUUCGUGAGUGUGGGCGGUGCAACCUUUUGAGAUGGUGCGCCCGGGGCUUUCGGAUGCCUCGGGACGAUAGAGGAGUCUCUUUUUUCCUCCCCAGCAGGCGAGAUUAUUUUUCUUUGGCUAACCGUGAUGCGCUUUAUUAACUAACUCAAGGGUGGGGGAAAAUAAUAAUAAUAACAGCCGGGGACAACAAGCUGUCAGGGACUCAGGAAAGGAGAGACCAACAUCUCAAAACAUUAGGGAGAUUUUGGAAAGAGUGGCGAGUCCAACGGAUACAAAUGUGGGGGAAACCCAUGGCGAUGUGGUUCCCAAAUGGCUCUCGGCUCCCUGUGAUCCCUCCGUCCGCACUUCAUUUACAUUCCUAGUGAUUCCUGGAGAUGCUGCGUCUGAUGUUUUUAUAUAUAUUGAAAGAGCAAAGGGAGGCGGCCUGAACACUGUGAGAAACCUGGAAAAAUAAACCUUUGCCUUUGAAAUCCUU